ACAGCCAAAUGCCUCCAAUUCUACCACACUAACAUGAAGAGGUUAAACACUGAAGCAAAAUAUAGAUUGGACGUCGCAGAUUAAAGGGUCCCAUAUGUCAAUUUCGAAUAGAGAUUGAUCAAGCCACAAACCAAACUCAUGCGUACCGUCAAAUUAUACGUCCAAACAGAAUAGGUGGUUGGCUUUUAUGGUGUGGAGCGUUCCCACACUUAUGGUCCCUGAUUGUGUUUCAUAAAUCAGUCUAGUCUAGGCUUUAUUUAUAGGAAAGAAGAAGAAAGUAAGUUGAAAUUGAAUUAGAUUAGAGGUACAAACCCUCAAAGCAAUUCUCUUAUUGGGCCACAUGGCAUCCAUGAUUCAAUUUUAUCCCUCCAAACCCCCAUUCUCCCAGCACAGCGGAUUCCAAGACUCCUGCCUGGUUCAGUAUGGAUCUGAAACGAAAGCACCAAAGUAUUUUCUCUUACACUGUCUUUAAGUUUCUCAUAUAUCAUUCAUACCACCACCACCACAUUUGUUGAUGAUGGAGUGCCCACCACCGCCAUCAUCACCUUCUGCACCACCCGAAGAUCAAAAAAUCCCCGCAAUUGCAUUAGAGAAAGCCUCAUGUCUGCCACUUUCAGUGUUUUCCCACCAGAUCAACUCUCUUGUCUUAAAAUUUCUUCCGCUUAUUACUUUUUCUGUUCAAACAGAGUAUAACAUCUUUUUUUUUCCUUUUCUUUGCUCUUUUUUCUUGUGACCCACUUAAUCUUCGCUUUUUCUGCCUAAUCCUUUCACUUAUGUUCAAAGCAGAUGAUGAAACAGACCUUAACUCGUGCCACCAGUUCUUCUAUUUAUAACCAACCCCCCAAAGCCAAGCCUUAAAGUCACAAAAAGUUUUUACAACAUUCUCAGCAGUUGUGGUACUCUUCCAGGAUUUUUGAACAAUAAGAUGUCAUUUUCAUAUGCAAAAUCUUUCUUACAACGGUUUUUUAGCAACAACCUUGGAAUGGAGAGUGGCAGCUAUGGCUUCUUCUCCAGUGAUAUCUUACCAUCUCUCGGAGCCAGGCUUAACCAAGAAACCAAGCUUAGGAGAUGCAUCAUUUCUCCUUUCAAUACCCAUUAUAGGGCCUGGGGCAUGUUUCUCAUUGUUCUGGUCAUUUACUCAGCCUGGAUCUGCCCAUUUGAAUUUGCAUUUCUAAAAUACAAGCAGGACACACUGUUCAUCGUUGACUACAUUAUCGAUGGCUUCUUUGCCAUUGACAUUAUUCUCACCUUCUUUGUUGCAUAUCUUGACCGGAGAUCUUAUCUUCUGGUUGAUGAUCCCAAGAAAAUCGCAAUCAGGUACAUGUCAACCUGGUUUGUCUUUGACGUCUGCUCAACAGCACCACUUCAACCUCUUAGCCUCCUGUUCACAGAUAACAGCAAUGAACUUGGUUUUAAAGUACUCAGUAUGCUCCGUCUGUGGCGUCUCCAACGGGUCAGCUCCUUAUUCGAAAGACUGGAGAAGGACAUUCGUUUUGAUUAUUUUUGGACUCGGUGCACAAAGCUCAUCUUGGUCACUCUGUUUGCAGUACACUGUGCUGGAUGCUUUAACUAUCUGAUUGCUGACAGAUAUCCCAAUGAAAAUAGAACCUGGAUAGGUGCUGUAAUGACAAAUUUUAAAGAAAAGAGCCUAUGGGACAGAUAUGUAACAGCAAUAUACUGGUCUAUCACAACACUAACUACAACUGGUUAUGGUGAUAUACAUUCUCAGAAUCCAAGAGAAAUGCUGUUUUCUAUCUUCUAUAUGCUAUCCAACUUGGGAUUGACAUCGUACCUCAUUGGCAACAUGACAAACCUUGUUGUUCAUUGGACCAGCCGCACCAGAAACUUCAGGGAUACCAUCCAUACCGCUUCUGAAUUUGCAGCACGAAAUCAAUUGCCCUCACACAUUGCCGAUCAAAUGUUGUCUCACAUAUGCCUCAAGUUCAAAACAGAAGGAUUGAAACAGAACGAGACCUUGAAUGGUCUACCAAAGGCCAUUCGUUCAAGCAUAGCACAUCAUCUCUUCUUCCCUAUCAUUCAUAAAGUCCAUCUUUUCCAAGGAGUUUCCAGUGAUUUCCUUUUCCAAUUGGUUUCAGAGAUGGAGGCUGAAUACUUUCCACCCAAAGAGGAUAUAAUUCUGCAGAAUGAGACCCCAACAGAUCUUUAUAUACUGGUCUCAGGAGCAGUGGAUUUUAUAGUAUAUGUUGACGGGCAUGAGCAGGUCCUUGGAAAAGCAAUUGCAGGAGAAAUGUUCGGUGAAAUAGGGGUUUUAUGUCACAGGCCACAACCAUUCACUGUUAGAACCACGGAGCUUUCUCAAAUCCUACAGUUGAAUAGGAGCUCACUAAUGAACAUUAUUGAGGCAAAUAAAGAAGAUGGAAGCAUUAUAAUGAGCAACCUCUUCCAGGUAUAUAUUAUAUCAGAUAGACCUUUAUACUUUCUAAAUGCUCUAUGUUCCUUUUCACAGAAACUGAAAGAACUUGAUGGCUUUGGCUUCAGAGAAACAUGUGCAUAUUCACGCCUGAACCUCAAAGAAUGGCUCCAUGAAGGACCACAAAAGGAAAAAAGUUGUUUUCAUGUGGGAUGUCAAGAACCUUGUCCACACACAAACUCAAACCAGGAUACAAGAGACAGCAAUAUUCUAGUGUCAGAGGCUGCAGAAAGGGGCAAAGAAAACACAGUCUAUGAUCUCAUUAGAUGGAGAGCUGAUGCUAAUUCAACUGACACAUAUGGCCAAACAGUCCAGAAUAUUUCUGUUCACAAUGGGAAUCUUGAAAUAAUUAAGAUUCUACUAGAAGGAGCAAAUAUAAACAACUUAGAUGCUAGAGGGUGGACGCCAAAGGUUAUUGCAGAGCAACAAGGACCAAAAAACAUUUAUAACCUCUUACCAUGUUAUGAGAACAGGAGCAGAAAUUUAGAACAUAAAAUAGAAUUCAUUGAGAAAGAGACAAUCAAAAACAUUGAGAAUGGUCAAAGAAAAGAUGGGAGAAAUGGAAAAUCCAAACUUUGCAGUACCUGUGAGAGCCAAGUUACAAAAUUGACAAACAUAAGAGUCACAAUCCACAUGCCCUUUCGAAAGGAAUGUACAACUCAAGAACAAUUUGGGAAGUUAAUUGUCCUACCUGAUUCCCUAGAAGAUCUAUUCAAGGUAGCUGGUCAAAAAUUUGCAGGCUACCAUCCAACAAAAGUUGUCAAUGCACAGAAUGCAGAAAUAGAAGACAUCAGUGUCAUUCGAGAUGGAGAUCACCUGUUUUUCCUUCAAAAUGAGCAUGAAAUACAGAUCGCAAUGUAACAUAACCAUUAUUUAGGAGAAUAUAGAUACAAUGUGGAUUGUAGACAUACAAAUAGUUUAUAAUUUGUAGGCAAUUAUAAUGAGAAUAAAAGGAACAAGAGAACAUGUUAAUCAAACUUGGCCUUCAAAGCCAACAAUCAUACUGGAAAAUUGAGUAAUAGAAUUACAUUUGAUCACAGUUAACUCAUGAUAACCACAGAAAAAAUCAUCCAUCAAUAAAACUCAAAGAAUAAUAAUACAAGAAACUACAUCUUUAAGAAUAUCAAUGAUUUGGUGGGCUAUGUAGGCAGGGAAAAUUCAAGGAGAUCUUCCAUUCUAUAGUUUUUCAGAGUGAUACAAUGGAUAGUAAUCAAAUCCCUGAUGCACUGCAAAAGGAAAAGUAACAAGAAGAAAAAAUAUGAUGUCUGGCAUGAUAUUUGUCACUGAUAGGCCGCUUAAAAUCUUCCUUUGGCCCUGCUGGCCUGACUCUAUUGGAAGAUGUAUCAGAAGAAGCAUGUAAGGAUACUUCAAUC